CCUAGCCAGAUCCGCUCAGCUCCUCCUCCUGUUUCUUCGGCUGCAAGAGUUGCGGCUUCGCUUUAUCCGGGGCCUGGCCGCGGCUCUGCAUCGCGCACAUUUUCCUCCUGUAAAGAGGUUGCCGCCUCGGUUCCUCUCCUCCUCAUGGCUGCCCUCCGGCUGCUUGGGCCAGCUGUGGGCUGGAGACUCGCAUCUGUACUAGCCAGGCCCAUUCACCCGAACGAGCAGCUGCAGCGGGGUUACCGCCUCACUCCUUCGGAUGAUGAGCUCUACCAGAGGACAACAAUCCAGCGCUUGGAGAGAGAAUCCCAAGACAUCAUGUUUCUUGAAGGUUACACCAGCAGAGGUUUCACCAUCAGCGGGAACAUCAUAGUGGGGCCCUGUGCUGUCUUGCCACGAGCCAUCCUGCAGUGGAAUGUUGGCACAUACAAGGACAUUACUGUGGAGAGCCUUGCCCUGUUCCGCCUGCUGGAGCCCAGAAUAGAAAUCCUGGUGCUGGGAACAGGAACCAGGGUGGAGAGGCUAGAUCCUGCGGUCUUGAAGAUCAUGCGACAAUGUGGGAUUGCUGUGGAAGUCCAGGAUACGCCCAACGCCUGCGCAACCUUCAAUUUCUUGACCAGUGAGCGGCGUGUGACGGCUGCUGGCCUCAUUCCACCUCCUACUGUAAGAGAGCAGAUGGAUGCUGCCGUUGGCUGAGCCUCUUCCGAGGGCAAGACCAGGGGCAGGAAGAGUGCCGGGCCGGGCAGAGAAAGGGACUGGUCACAGUGGCGAUUCCUUCCAUGUUCUUAGCUGCUGCUGCAGCUGCUCCUGACGGGGAAGAAGCACAGGCCAAAGAAUGGCGGCACGUUUCUCCAGUCUGCCAAUCUUUUGUGAAAUGUAUAUGCCUAGGACUGGAGCGCUGACUAGCACAGAAUGCAGAAGCUGCUGAAUAUAUCUGAAAUAGCCAAGCCUGGA